UUUGUUUUUUAUUUUAUUGAAACUAUGUCCAGCUUAUUAAGAAUUGGCCGUAUGUUGCCUGUAGCGACCAGAGCUACACGUUAUGCUUCACCUGCAUUGGCAUCUAUGACACAACGAUUGGCUUCAAGCUUCUCACCACUACAACAACAACAACAGCAGCAAUUGGAUGAAGUUCUUCAAUACAGAGAAAAGCCCGGAUCUUUAUCUUAUUUUACUGGCAAUUACAAAUACAAUGACCUCUUGAUCGAAUUUGAUGCACUUUACAAACGCUUCGAGAACUGGAAACCUACGGAUCAGGUGGUGAAUGUACCUUCUGAUCUUUUGGAUGUGAACAGUGACAAAGUAUAUUCCUGGAAGCAACGUGACAAGAUGUCUGAACUUUUGAGUAUCCCACUCACCACUUCACAAUGGAGAAAGAUCACAACGCAUCUUAGUGCCCUUGCUUCUUUACCAAAGCCUUUGCCUGCUGCUGUUGCCAAAAUGCUCGAACCUUAUGAACGUUUUGAUGCCACUCAACAAAGCAGUGGUGACAACAAGACACGUACACUGGAUGACAUGGGCCGUGCUUAUGCUGCUGGCCGUAGAAAGGAAUCAAGUGCUAGAUGUUACCUUGUGGAAGGUGAAGGCAAGGUGCUUGUCAAUGGGUUGGAAUUAAAUGAGUAUUUCCAACGAUCUGUUGAUAGAGAUCAAGUCAAUUUGCCUUUGGAAGUGACUGACAACAAGGAUAAGUUUAAUGCUUGGAUUGUUGUUAAGGGUGGUGGAAGUACUGGUCAAGCACAAGCUAUUAAGCUUGGUCUUGGUAAGGCUUUAUUGAUUCACAAUAGUGAAUUGAAGCCUGUUUUACGUAAAGCUGGAUGCAUUACACGUGACCCCAGAGUGGUUGAACGUAAAAAGGAAGGUCAAAGAAAGGCUCGUGCAAAGUAUACCUGGGUCAAGCGUUAAAAUUUUUUUUAUUAUUAUUGUACUGUAUAUUUUUCACUAUUAGAGAUAAAAAAAAAAAAUAGGUGAUUUUUAUUAUAAAUAGCAUCUAGACACACUUUGUUUUUUAUUUUUAUUUUUUUUUUAAAGUUUAGCCUUGACAGCUUGUACCUUAUUAGCAAGACUUUCAUAGAGUUGAGCAAUUUGGCUUUCAUAGUACUUUUUUGCUU